AGAGGAUUCAGAGCCAACAGGGCUUCCAGCCAAUUGCAAUGUGCGCAAUUGCGUGGGGACGAUGCAGAAACCUCAAUGGAACACGAGAUAUGGCGUUUGGGUCUCGAGCUGCGAUGGCUUUGUGGGAUUCUUGUCAAAUGGAAGUUCGCGACCUGCGUACCACCAAUGCGUGUAUCUCGAUGGGGAGUGGAAUUUCACCACGCGAUUGAAAAGCUACCUUGAAAAGAGGCAACACUGUGUAAGGCAGCUAAAGAGAUUUGCUGGCUAUGAUGAUGGCUUGGAAGUGUGUGUGGGCUACACUUCUGCUCUCCAGUUGUCAAGGAUCGCCCGAGGACACCGCAACCACUACAGCGGAGUUCGAGUGGUAUCGUCCAAUGCAAGACAUGAAUCAGCUAAACGUGUUUUGCAAUUUGUGGGACAAACCUCGCGACUUGUUCUGCUACGAUCUGUUUUCUCGAUCUCAGCGGGUAGCCAAAACGUUUCGGCGAAGUGGAUUCCAAUCGGCUGCAUUUGACAUUGCGACCUUUGCUCAUGAGGAUAUCCUCAGCAAAAAGGGGUUCCUUCAAGCUGUGGAUACAGCUUUGAGGCUGGUGGAUCACGGGUUGAUCAUGGCGGCAGUACCAUGCUCCUUGUUUGUGCCGAUAAGCUUCAGCAUACAUGGUCGCUAUGCUUGGCAACCGCUUGGUCGAACAGCAAACUUCAAAGUACGCAUGGCAAAUCAAAUUGCUGAGAACACCAUCGCUUUGCUGCGGCUUGUGCUGACUGCUCGACCCAGCACGUUAAUCGUACUGGAGAAUCCAAAAGGAUCUAUGCUCUACCAGUUGCCAUCGGUGGCCGCUUUUCUCUAUGAACUCGGCUUUAUUGGUCUGCUGACUUACCUUGGACUGUAUGGCAUGGACCUCUUGAAGCCGACGUGGCUUCGAACCAACAUGCAGACUGCCAAUGGCUUGGCCCGUAAAGCAACCAAAAAAGUCAAGGCGCAGUUCACUCAGAGGAUUGAGCGCAAGAAAGCUAGACGGCAAGCAAAGGGCUUGCCUGCCAAGGUAUACUACACGAGCUCUGUGUCACGAGUUGGAAAAAAGCAAUUCAGCGGCGGACCAGCACUCCAGGAAACGUCGACCUACCCACAGCG